AUGUCUGUAUUUGGGAGAGCAACCUUUUCGGCCGCGGGAUACGCCGCGGCGAGGCCCUCGUACCCUGCCUCUCUCUUCAAGACAGUCCUGGCCCACCACAAUGACGGACCCAAAGGCUUCCUGCUCGACCUGGGAUGCGGCCACGGCCUCGUGGCAAGGGAGAUGAGCCCCCGCUUCGACCGCGUCAUGGGCGUCGACAUGAGCGCCGGCAUGAUCAAGCAGGCGUCGUCCAUGACCGACGACGCCAACACCACCUUUCGCCAGGGAGGCGCCGAGGACCUCUCCUUUGUGCCCGACGGCUCUGUCGACAUGGCCGUGGCGGGUCAAUCAGCCCACUGGUUCGACUAUGCUCGAGCCUGGCCCGAGCUGGCCCGCGUCGUCAGGCCCGGCGGCUCGCUCGCCUUCUGGGGGUACAAGGACAACGUCCUCGUCGGGCACCCGCGGGCCAACCAGGUGCUGGACCAGUUCUGCUACGCCGACGACGAGGGCAUGAAGCGGUACUGGGAGCAGCCGGGGCGCGAAAGGGUCCGCAACCUGCUGCGAGACGUGGAGCCGCCGGCGGCCGAGUGGCAGGACGUGAAGCGCAUUCUCUACGACGUGCAGGGCGACGUGGCCGAGGUGCCCGACGACGCGGAGGGGGCGUGGAUGAGGAAGCGCAUCAGCCUGGGCGAGCUCGAGGCGUACCUGCGCACCUUUAGCGCCUGUCAGGGCUGGCGCGAUGCCCACGCGCAGGCGAGGAGCAGGGCGGAGGGCGGAGAGGGCGACCUGGCCGACAUGAUGAUGGACCGCGUCGUUGCGUCGGAGCCCGAGUGGAAAGCCAUGGGCGAGAGGUGGCGCGACGCCGAGGUCGAGACGGUCUGGGGCACGUAUAUCCUCCUGGCCAAGCGAAGGAUAUGA